AUGUAUAUAACUACGGGAACGACGUCAACGCUUACGAUAAGGUUAGAUACUCAGUUAACCUUAUGGGCUUACGGACAUACAAACUACCCUAAGGAUGUAUUGAGUAUUCUAAAUAACACUGCCAAAAAUCAGGCUGAAUUUGAUGGCUUGUUAGACAAAAUGGAUUACGCAAGUAUCGCUGAACACAUUUCCACAGAAAGAGCCAUCGAAAUCAUCAACGAAAUGGUGGAAUUACAGCUGAAUUGCUUAGUCUUCUUCACUGCACAAGAAGUUACUGACUUACUUCCAAAAAUAGAUCCCAUAAAUAAGGCUAUCGAGACUAUUGUCGCAGUGGGACUUAGCGGUAUGUUCACGCUCAAUGUCUGACC